UCGGUUUUAUUAAAAACGUUGUAUUUUAAAUCGUUUCAAAUCUUAAGUGAGAACACCCCCUUAGAAAGUGUUUUAGGCACGGUGAUCAUUGUACCCAGCUCUCUAAUAAUGUACCUUUCUGUUCCUAGCUAAAGGCUGAGAAUGAGAGGCUACUAGCUAUCUUGUCAUCUGACCAAUGGAGAAUGGCUGAGCAAAGCAAGCUGCAAAUGGCAUCACUCAAUGCCCAGCUCAGGGAACAAGCAAAGAUAAUCAAAACUCAAGAAAAAACUAUUAAACACCUGUCUUCCAGCAAAGCCAGAGAAAUCCAAGAGGUGCCUAAGGCAGAAAAGCCAGAAGAGUCAACUGAAGAAGAACUCGAAAAUACAUGGGAUAAAAAGAAGAGGGUUCUUGAAGCACUGAGGAGGGAUCCAAAUUUGCUGAAGCAGUUCCGACCAAUUCUGGAAGAGACUCUUGAAGAAAAACUGGAGAACAUGGGAGUGAAGCGAGGUACAAAAGCCAUCCCAGUUCAAACCUAUACACAUUUGAGAGAUAUGGUAAAAAUACAGCGACAGCAAAAGGCCAAAAAAUUUCCACAUCUCCUUGAUCUGAGAGACAAACUUGACAAAGAAGUAAAAAAGAGAAUCAACUGGGGGCAGAAGGAUGAAAGGGACACAUCCCUACAAUUCUCCAUGGUCUCAGGUAAAAACCAAAGAAGCCCACAUUCUCCUCCAAUCCAGGUUUCAUCUUCCAAGCCCAGUAUGUUACAGGUUGAAUUACACCCUUAUGCCUCAGAGAUGCCCAAGCCAGCUCCUCGGAGCAAAGUUAGCUCUAUUGCUAGCACAAUGGAAACUUCCAGAUUGCCUUCUCCAAAACAAGCCCGCAGCAGCCCACCUUCUCCUCAGCACUCUGCUGUCCAUCAGCCCAGCACUUCACCUUUCAGCUCUGAAGAAGAGGAAUCUGAGGAAGAACCAAGCUUUACCUCUCCAAAGUUCACACCACGCAAGACAGAACAAGAACUUCCCAGGGUUGCUCAGCAGGAGGAGAGUGAGUGGGAUUCCUCUGAUUCAGAGUCUCCUGAGGGGAAAGAUAAUACAGGAAGGGUUUUUUCAACUGCAGCACCCACUCGCUCAGAAACCCUGGUGCAGUCAAUGGCUAAAAAUCUGGAGAGGAAACUGAGUGCUCCUGCACAAAAGCCUCCAGGUGGAGUGAAGCUCUUUUCCAUACCAACCAAAGAAGCUCAUACAUCCAGCCAUGCCACUAAAAUACUUCAGUUUGCUGCCGAAGAUGAAAGUGAUUUAGAGAUUUCAUCUAUAGAAGAAGUCACCCCACAUCUGAAUACUGAAAUCAAGAAACAGCAAGGUGUAAGGGUUAGUGGGGACUCAUCUGGGUCUCAGGGCACCAACAUCUGGAGUUCCAGCAGUACAAGGUCUGGUGCCUGGUGAUUCUUUCUUUUAGCUGACAAGCCAAAAAUAAUCCGAAUCCCACAAAUGAAAGAAAAGGAUUCAGAUUUUAUAGAGAAAAAUAAUGAGAGUAUAUUCAUGUUUAUAGAUUCAAUAUAUACGUUGAAUUAUUCUCUGGAAUUGCUCAUCCUUUGCAGUCACUCAUGUGAUGAGUCUCAUGAAAACAAGAUGAAUUUACUAUUUUCCUGAAGCCAUCUUCCUAAAAGCCAUCUUCCUUGAAACUGUGUAAAAGUAGCUAUAGAUUUGUAGGGUACAGUCAUACCAGUCUCCAGCUUUGUGAUCUUGUUUGUGGGCUGUGAAGGCCCUCCUUCAUGUGAUGGUUUAGAAGAAGGGAUUUGAAGAUCAGCUAUGAUCUCCAGAACCAUUCCAAAGAAUCACUGAUGUUGCACCAAACUAGACAAGAUGCUGGGAAUAUAUGGUGAUAUAUAUGGGGAAACCCGCAUUUUCCCAACUAAUCAAACAACAGUUUUGAAGGAGAGGCCGUUUAGCUUUGGAUGAUGUCACUCAGUUCUCCUAUCAUCAUGAUCUUGUUCAGAUUGUAAAAGAAAUAGAGAUCCAAUCAUGGUUCUUCAGUAUCAUCUUAGGUUUGUGUCCAUGGCCAUUUCCCCUUAGGGUGGGGGGACCAGGGGUUAGAACUGCCUGUGGGACUUCUGUAAGGAGCUUUUCUCCAAGAAGAGAUGCAGAAGACACUAAGUAGUUUAUAUCCUCUUGAUAGCUCUUCCCCUUUCCUGGCCCCCUGCAGGUUUUAAUGCAUAUCUUCCCUCACUUUUCCUAACUGCUGAUAAUACCAGUGACAGUGAAGCCUUCUGGCAAUCAGUGGAGUGUUCCUGUAGCAUCAUUUGGAAGCUUCCAAGGCUUGAUGCUGCCUCAUAUACUGGCGUCUGAGGAUGAAGGAAAACAGUGUGGAGUUGAGUCAAAGGCCAAUGAGUAGUGUAGUGGUUUGGGGGAGUAUGGGCAAAGUAGCCUUGGAGGCAGAUAACUGAGCCUGCUCUACUGUGAUGGUGGUUCUUCCUUGUCCCCAAUUGAGCCAUGUAUCUCCAUGGGUCAAACUCCUCUAUCUCUUUUGAGGUUUUUGGAGGGUCAUGGCCAGGCUGGAGCCAGUAAUUUUGACCCAGUUGUGUUCACGUUUAGAAAACAAGGAAUAUUUGAAUAAAAGAUUGCUGAAUACAAGUGACCACUUGGUGGCACCACAACUCAAGAAACAAAGGACAUAUUUCUUGAGACAUUGCAAAUGGAACUUGUUAGCAGAGAAGGAUUUUUCAAGACAGAAUUUAUUCAGGGGUGGAGUAAUCAAAACUUCUAAACUGAAUUGCACAAGUACAAAAUGACUGUGUGGUUAAAAAUGUCUGAAAAAAUAAACUAUCUUUAAAAUAUUACUGAGGACAAUGGUACAGAAAUUUUCUUAGUUCCCAAUUUCCUAGCAUUCCUUUAAUCUUAUAUGCUGAUUUUACAACUGUGCACACUGCACAUUGUCAGCAAGCCUGUAUAUCUCAAGAACUUGAAGGAAGGUGCUAAUGAAGUCCAGAGAUCAGCCUUUUAAUCUGUGGCAGCUGCUAGCUACAGUGCCAAUGGGAUAGGAAAUCUAUCUGAAUUUUAGCCUGAAUUUUUAAAAAGGGUGUCCAAGUUGCUGAACCUAUUUUGAGUAUAGGGUUUAGCACCUUUAAAUUUGUGGCUGAAAUCUCACAAAAUUGCAGAUCCACAAUAGAACAUUGGCCUUUAUUGACUAACGAAAAUGCCGAAAAUAAAUCAUGCAAGUUCUUGAAGUAUCACUGGCUUUUUCAUCAGGCAAAAAUGUUUAAAAUCAUACAGGAGGGGGAAAGUGAUGAUGUUAGAAUAGCAGGCCUUCAUUUUGUCUCAGAUGUUUUUUCUGUUUUAAGUUAAGAUGGUCUGGAGGGAUAUCAAUGCAAGCAGAGGUCACUGUCCUUUUUGGCCAUGUGGGGACUGGGGACAGAAGGCAAUAAAAGACACCGGCUAAAAUCCAAUGCAGUUUUGCAGACCCACUGACACUGGAGCCAUCAAUCCACACUGCUUUAAAUAUAAUUUGGAGCACUACAAAUGAUUAGUAUUAUUUCAUCUUGUCUAAAACUGCACAAAUGCUGUUUCCUUAACUUUGACAGGAAGCUGAAUGUUUCAGUAUACACAUGCUUACUAUUUCCCUCAGUUCUUCCAUGUGCAAAAAGUGGGAGUACCACUCCAGAAUGAUGUUGGAAUUUUUCAGCCAUGAAGUUGUCACUCCCUGUUGAAGUCAGGUUUUAUAAAAUAUUCAGACCACAGAGCAUCAGCUUUCAUUGGUGGGAUUUUCUAAUUAUAAGGGGGAAAGAGGUAUAUUUUAAAUGACCUGUUUCUACUAUAACAUUUGCUAUCUGAUGUAAUUCUUGUUUGAGGGAUUAUUUGAUCUUAAAAUGAUUUUAGUGGAUAUGAAAAAUCCUAAAACUACAUGUAAGACAGAACACAUUAUGAAAUGUAAUGUGGAUUCAGCACUUUUCACAGUGAAAUAGUAUUUGGAUGAAGACCUGUUCUUGCUAUUCUUGUUAAUACAGAUUGUAUAUACAAUGCUGCAUAAAGCCAUUCUAAUUUAUCUUUGUAAAUCUAUGCGGCUGUAGAAAAUUUAUAUUUGUAUGAAAGAUUAAAACUAUAUUUGUAGUGUAAUCUCUUUACCUAACAUAGUAUUUGUCAUACUAUAAAUAAAAUGAGG